AUGGAUCCCUCUUUUCAUCCUUCAUCCUUCCCUCCUCUUCCCAACUCCUCUCCUCAUUCUAUUGCUGGAACCUCUUCAGCCUUGCCGUGGGAUCGUGUCUUCUCCAACCCUCCAGCUACUGGAGAGUUCACCAUCUCCACCCUGCCAACUCCAGAAGAAAUCAUCGACUUCCCUACUUUGGAUAUUGCUGAUGCAGUUGAAGAAUGGAACCUAGCCCUGGUUGGAUACUCCCUGGGUAAACGCCCUUUCUAUGAAUCCCUUCUUAAUGCCGUUAAGAAGCUUUGGGAUCUCAAAGGUAAUAUCAAACUUAUCUCUCUUAGUGAUGGGUUUUUUCUGUUCAAGUUUUCAUGCCGUGAAGAUUUUGAGAUGACUUAUGCUAGAGUCUGUGUCCUCGUUGACGCUUCCGCCACUUACCCUGCUUUUGUUCCGAUUACGGUUGAAGGGAAACUCUUCAAUUUAGUCAUACAAUAUGAAUGGCGUCCCUCUAUAUGUGAUUUUUGCAAAUCCUUUAACCACUCUUCCGAACUCUGCCCAUCAAACCCAAACCCAAAUCCCUCUGCUGUUCUUCCACCAAAAUCUCCUCGCGGCAGGAGCACAAGCCACAGGCCCAGACCUCCUUCGAACAAUCCUGCAGGUAUUCUUCCCAUUCCGACUCCUCGUACUUCCUCCUCCCCUGGGAAAUCCCUCUCCGUGUCGCAGAAUGUUAUUUCUCCUCCAGAACAACCAGUUAUCCCACCACCGGAUUCCACUAACCAUUUUCCUACUGUUACACUUUCAUCCUUACCUUCUUUGCCGGAUAUUCAAACCGCUGAAACCUCAUUACCCAAUCACACUCCUGAAAACCUCGUCUCAAUCCUCACUCCACAAACCACCGCAACUAUCCCAAAUCUCAACUCUCCCAACAUUCCUUCCUCUUCCACUUCUGACCCUCCACUAAAACAACCUACUUCUUCACCACCUAAAUGUUCUAAUCAACUGCCAACAGCCCAAUCUCCUCUGAAAUCUUCCUCUCCUAAUAAAUUCAACCUCCUUAAUCUCUUGUCAGACUCUGAAGCUACCUUAAGUAACUUUUUGGAAGCUUGUAUCAAUGACCACUCUUUGGCUGACUUGGCCAGCUCUCCUUCCGAGAAAAAAACCUCAUCCUCUUCUUCAAAGCCUAAUGACCAGCCACAUAAAAACACUAGAGGGAAGGGCUCCAAGAAAGGCCAUAAAUCCAACAACAUGUUCUGCAUACUUGAGAAUAGAAUUUUGGCUUCAAAUUUGCAAGACCCUUGGUUUUGUAAGACUCACUCAAUUUUUGAGAAUGAACUGAGCUCUAACAACUUCAAUUUGGCUAAUCCUGGUCGCAUUUGGAUUAAAUGGAAUGCUAACAAGAUCUCCUUUGUUGUUACAAAUAUCUCAAAGCAAGCUAUCACCGGUAUUGUUACUUAUGGAUCCAAUUCUACCUUUCUUAUUUCUGUGGUUUAUGCUUCUAACUCAUUUGAUGAAAGAAAUACUCUUUGGGACGAGCUUAGGAAUUGUUGUCCUAAUAAUGGUAUGCCUUGGGCUGUUUUUGGUGACUUCAACUGUUGCCGGUAUAAUUCUGAAAAGUCUGGUGGUGCUUGCAUAAAUGUUUCUAGGAUGGCUCCCUUCAACUCCUUUAUUUUUGAUUGUAACCUAGUGGACCUUCCUUCCUCGGGAAAUUCUUUCACUUGGUUCAAUCAAAGGGCGGACAAUCCCAUUCACCUUAAGCUGGAUCGUAUUCUUAUCAAUGACACUUGCUUGGUGUCUGACCACACUCCCUUAUUUAUGGAAUCUAAUAAUAAGAGGGCUAGCAAGAAGAGGUUCAUGUUUAAAAACUAUUGGUGCAAAAUUCCAGAGUUUUGGGAUUUACUUAUUGAUAUUUUUGCUUCACAAUCUAUUGGAAAUCCUAUUCACAGCUUGUAUCAUAAGCUCAAGGCUCUGAAAGAGGGGAUUAAGAAAAAAAACUGGGAAUCUUCUUCUUUCCUUGAGGCUAAGUGCACGGAAUUAUCAUUUCUCCAAGAGCAUUAUCAGCACCUUGUUGAUCUGGAUCCUCUCAAUUCUCAACUUUGUGGCUAUCUUAAAAAAGUCAAUCUUGACCUUGCUCUUUAUAACUCCUUAAGAGCCAAGUGGAUCAUUCAAAGAGCCAAGAUAAUUCCGGUUGGGAACCGGUUGUCUGAAAAUGCAAAGCUUAUGUUGAUUAAACCUGUGACAAAUGACGAAAUCCGGGAGGCUAUUAACUCUGGCUGCUCUUCCUCUGCACCUGGGCCAGAUGGGUUUAAUGCAGAAUUUUUCAAAAAAACUUGGCCAAUCACUGGAAUUUCGGUCUGCCAUGCUGUUAAGUCUUUCUUUCAAAAAAACUUGGCCAAUCCUUACGGCUGA